AUGGCAUCCGCCACUUCUGGUAGUAAACGUUCUUCACGGCCAGCGUCUCCACCACCGCCUCCUCGACGUCGUGAGAAGCGUGAACGCGUAAAUGUGAGGAAGGUAGAGAAAGAAAGGUUCUUCAACAAAAAGUACCAGCGCAGGUAUGGCAAAGGUAUACAUAUAGUGCCAGCUAAGAUUCGUCCUGAGUCGAGUAAAGAAGCCAAGAGAAGGCGGCGCAUCAUCAUCUCCGUCCAAGAUUAUCAAGAACUCACUAGAGCUGAAAUAAACGAGCUCCAAUUUGCGGCUGUUGACCUUUUCGAUUCCAAUAACCAUUCGCGCUACCUAUCUCUCGUCUGCGACUUCGCUAACGCCUCGGUUUCUCAAGAGAAUCCACAAUCACAGUUCAAGGCCCUCUGGCAUUUCUGUGCCCAUCGAUUCCCAAAUGAUUUAUCUCUCAUGCUCGCUCGACUCCUCAACUCGUCUCUUCCCUCUGGUAUCAGAAUCCACACCCUUGAUCUGCUCCACCUGACUCUAAAUCAGAUUCACGGCCAAGACCGGUCAAGUAUUGAUGAACGAGUCCUUGUCCACCUCAAACCCCUGCUUCUUAACGUUAUUCAGCACCGUGAAACAAUACCUAACAUGCUUAAUUUAUCUGAAAUAGCCGCCAGGAUCUUUGAAAUCGAAAGAUGGAACGAACUUCUUGACUAUCUUUAUCCGAGGCCCUUCAUACCGACUUGGAAACGAAGCAAGAAAUGGCCCUCAGGGUGUUAUCGUGCUUUGACAUUUGAUGCCUCUGUUAAGUUGGUACGCCUGCUGCACCGUUGGAAGUUUUACGACGGAAUUGACCACCUAUUAGCAACAAUGAUUAGGUUCCUACAAGCAUUCCACAAGGACGGUCAAAUCGAUAUUGUGGAACCUAGAAUGAUGGAUUUGGCGGAACUGGCGAGGUAUUAUACUGACUAUUUUUUGAAGCGACUUGAUGUUGUGUUGGACUGCAUGUUCCAAGUUGCUGCGACUGCAGAUGACAACGCUUUUCUCAAGUGCCAGGCGAUUCAAAUCAUUAAGAUAAUCGAUGAAAAGGAUAUGGUUCAAGCCUCACAGUUUCUUCAUAAGCUUUCUAAUGAAGCUAAACGCAGUAUUAUCGAGAAUUGCGUGCGCUUGAUGUUUUGUAUAGCAGACGUUCCUGCUUGGUAUGAUAUAGACACGCCAUCGAGUGAAUAUACGGGGAUCUCGGGAAGUUACCAACUAGGAAAGUUCUUACUAUUUCGGGUCAGCUUGGACGCACAGGAAGACGUACUAGUUUCCUUUGGAAUUGAGAUGAUACCACAGUAUUUGACUUCAGCAGAUUGGCAGACCCGUCAUGCAGGAUUGAUUGCUUUUUCUGCAAUUGGAGGCGCGUGUGGCCCCGAAGUGUUGUGUGACCAUGCGGAGAGAGUGCUCGAGAUCUCAUUGACUGAUCGCCACCCUCGCGUACUUUGGGCUGCCAUUGAAGCAAUUAUAUGUUUAAUUACGGACUCUGAUCAAGAGCAUGUCCAAUAUCUGAACAAGUUCCUCCCCGGACUAGUCACCAUAAUUAGAUCAUCUUCAAUUUAUCCACGUGUUCAGUUGCAUGCAGCAAUAGUAAUUCGUCGCCUGAUUACCAAUUGCGGCGCUGAGGAAGUGAAGUCAUUCUUGGAAGAUCUGGUGCCGGAAUUGCUAAAUCUUCUAAAGCGAGGCGAGAAGUUCUGGGAAGAAGCUGCGGAAACUCUAAAAUUACUGGCAGUAUCAUUUCCGGUUCUUCUAACUGUGUAUCGAAUCGCAAAAAAUUGGAUGGAUACCGACAACAGAGUAAAAAUUCACAUAUUAAAGGCAUUGUCUCAAUUGUGCAAACUACCGCAGCUCGUCGCUGACCAAUUCCUUAACAAAAUCAUGCCUGUGCUGAUUCAGACUCUUGAAAAUACUAAUCCCUACAUCAUGACGUUGACCAUUGAUAAGCAAAAUUCGACUUGCCCUAAGCAAAGACUUUUGGCUUGUGAUUUACUGUCGAAGUUUGCUGCUCGAUUCCAGGAACAAUUCGCACCUUGGGCUGCCAGGGUCUCCCCUCUUUUGACCUGCCUGUUCAGCAGUACCGACCCUGAUGCAAAAAUAACAUCUGUUAGAGCCCUUCCGAGCAUAUUGCUCUCGUGCGAACACAGAAAGCAGUCCCAGAGACUUUUGUUUAACUUCACUGUACGAGCUCUGGUCGAAGCUUUACACGAGGAAAUCGACAGAGCGAUGCGCAUAGGAAUGUUAAAAAGCCUCAACGCAUGCAUUGCGAUCUCAGGAACAGUUUUCCAUGAGGAUCUAAUCAAGAAGAUUGCAGAUCGCAUAUACCAAGUCCUCUCUCAGAAGUCAUUUGCCAAUGUGGAAACAGAAACGGGGGAAGAAGCAUCGUCUCGUAUCGAUGCGAGUGAUAAACGGGAACCAGAGGAGGAAAUAAUUCAAGGUGAAAACUGCAUGGUGACAAUGAUAUAUACAUUGAAGUCUGCGUUCUUAACUCAUGCUGACAAGCUUCUGCCAGCUGUUGAAGCGCUAUGGGGUCGUGAUAAUGACUACCCAGAUAGAGUGAAAGCAGUGGCAAUCACCAUUUUUAACUUGAUUUUGAAGGACUACCCAGAUAGAUUGCAAAGGUAUCGUGAUACAUAUGCUCUGGUCGUCAUGGACGCUUGUUACUCAGAAAGUCCUCAGCUUCAACGGGAAGCUGCACGCGGGAUUGGUCUAUGUGCUACACAUAGAGGACUUAUACCCAACUUCGAUGGCCCUGUGGCUAUCGACAGCCUAUACCAUUUAAUAGAGCGUGGAGCCGAAUCAGGGAGGGCACUGACAUAUGAUGCCGCGGUUUCAGCUUUGGGGAAAGUGUGUGAAUUCAGGCGUGAGGCUAUUAACGGCCCUCGGGUGGUCCCGAUCUGGCUAAAUUUCUUGCCAUUAAGGAUUGACUUUGAAGAAGCCAAAUAUGCACACAGACAACUGUGUCAAAUGUUAGAAAGGGCUGAUCAGGAUCUGCUGGGGCUCAACAACGAGAAUCUUAAUCAGGCUGUUCAAAUUUUAAAGGAGGUAGUGACGAUCUCGAGUUAA